AGGCCCCGAGCGGUCCCCGGGGUAAGCUCGGUGCCCACAAAGCGCCAGCUGAGGGGCUGCUGCGGGCUGAGCGCGGUUGAACCUGCCCGCCACCCGAGCUCCACCGGCCGGCCGCCCCGCGCCUCUGCCGCGUCCCCGCGACCCGAGCAGCCGGGACCGACGGCAGUGCGAUAGCCGGGUCGGGAAGGCAGGGCCGGGUGGGCGCCGCCUGCGGAGAGGCCGGGGGCCGGCCUGCGUGGGGCAGCGCGGAGGCGGCGGCGGCGGCGGCGACUUCGGCCCGGGCCGGACAGCGCAGGACCAUGGCCGAGGCAGCCCCAGCUCCGACUUCUGAAUGGGACUCCGAAUGCCUUACAUCCCUGCAGGCGCUUCCUCUUCCCACACCCCCAGCAGCAAAUGAAGCACACCUGCAGACUGCGGCCAUCUCCUUGUGGACAGUGGUGGCGGCCGUGCAGGCUAUCGAGAGAAAGGUGGAGGUCCACAGCCGGCGACUCCUGCACCUGGAAGGACGGACAGGGACAGCCGAGAAGAAGCUGGCCAGCUGCGAAAAGACAGUGGCUGAUCUCGGGAACCAGCUGGAGGGCAAGUGGGCGGUGCUGGGGACCCUGCUGCAGGAGUACGGGCUGCUGCAGAGGCGGCUGGAGAACUUGGAGAACCUGCUGAGGAACAGGAACUUCUGGAUCCUGCGGCUGCCCCCCGGUAUUAAAGGAGAUAUCCCAAAGGUGCCUGUGACAUUUGAUGACAUCUCCAUCUACUUUUCCACUCCAGAGUGGGAAAAAUUAGAAGAGUGGCAAAAGGAGCUUUACAAGAAUAUCAUGAAGGGCAACUACGAGUCUCUCAUUUCCAUGGAUUAUGCCAUGAAUCAACCUGAUGUCUUAUCUCAGAUUCAGCCAGAAGGGGACCAUAAUACAGAGGACCGGGCAGGGCCAGAGGAAAGUGAGAUUCCCACAGAUCCCAGUGAAGAGCCUGGCAUUUCAACAUCGGAUAUUCUGUCUUGGAUUAAACAAGAGGAAGAGACCCAGGUCAGCACCCCACAGGAGCCCAAGGAGAGUGACAUGUGCAAAAGCACCUAUGCCGACGAAGAGCUUGUCAUCAAAGCUGAAGGCCUCGCCAGAGCCUCCCUGUGCCCCGAGGUGCCCGUCGCCUUCUCUUCUCCACCAGCAGCAGCUAAGGGUACGUUUCCGGACGUGGCCUUCAAAAGCCCGCAGUCUGCGCCCGUGGCGCCGUUUGGACGUCCAGCCGCCGACCUGGCCGAAGCCUCUGAGGGACAAGUGACUUUCACUCAGCUGGGCAGCUACCCCCUCCCGCCUCCGGCCGGGGAGCAGGUGUUCUCGUGCCACCACUGCGGCAAGAGCCUCGGCCAAGACACGCUGCUGGGCCACCAGUGCGGCCCCGCGGGGGAGCGCCCGGCCCCCUGUGCCCAGUGCCCCAGGCACUUUCCCCCGCACGCCGACCGCGGCCCCCAGCCGCCCGCCAGCGAGACGCCACCCACCUGCCCGCACUGCGCCAGGACUUUCACUCACCCGUCCAGACUCACCUACCACCUUCGGGUCCACAACAGCACCGAGCGCCCCUUCCCCUGCCCCGACUGCCCCAAGCGCUUCGCCGACCAGGCGCGCCUGGCCAGCCACCGGCGAGCCCACGCCGGCGAGCGGCCCUUCCGGUGCGCGCAGUGCGGCCGGAGCUUCAGCCUGAAGAUCAGCCUGCUGCUCCACCAGCGGGGCCACGCGCAGGAGCGGCCCUUCUCCUGCCCUCAGUGUGGCAUCGACUUCAACGGCCACUCGGCCCUGAUCCGCCACCAGAUGAUCCACACGGGCGAGCGGCCGUACCCCUGCCCGGACUGCAGCAAGAGCUUCCUGCGCAAGGAGCACCUGCUCAACCACCGGCGGCUGCACACGGGCGAGCGGCCCUUCAGCUGCGCGCACUGCGGCAAGAGCUUCAUCCGCAAGCACCACCUCAUGAAGCACCAGCGCAUCCACACGGGCGAGCGGCCCUACCCCUGCGCCGAGUGCGGCAGGAGCUUCCGCUACAAGCAGACGCUCAAGGACCACCUGCGCUCGGGCCACGGUGGCGGCUGUGGUGGGCAUAGGGACCCCUCUGGACAGCCGCCGGGCCCCCCGGGCCCCCUCCUAACUGGGCUCGAAACCGCUGGCCUGGGCGUUAACACCGAAGGUCUAGAGGCCAAUCAGUGGUAUGGGGAAGGGACUGGAGGCGGGGUUUAGUAACUCUCCUUUCAGGGCUCGCCGUGCUGGCAGCGGGGCAAGAGGCAAGCCCAGAGGCCCCUGCACCCCCGCUAACCCGGUGGUAAUGCCUGCCUGGCACGCCAGUGAAUUUGGGGUCCAGUGCACUUGACUAGAGCCGUGCUUGAGUUUCGGAACUUCACACGAGCAGCACAUUGUGAAACCCAGGAAGACCUGGAAGAGAGCCCAGCUUCCCCAUCUUUUCAAAAACAUUUCCUAAGCAGAAGUUAUAAGAAUGUUGCAGAGAGGUUGGAAAGCAAGAUUUGGCCUCUGGUGAUCCAUCACAGGGUAACUCGGCCUCGGGUGAUCCAUCACUAGGUAGAGUCAGGUGCGUGGGAGAGCCUCCAAGGCUUGAAGCCCAUUCUGCGGCAGAGGAUGUUUAACUGAGCCUUCCAUCACCUCCCUGAUGGUAGGAUGGUUGCUGGAAGAAAGUGGCCAAGGCUGGGCACCGCUCCCGUUCCUCCCAGACAGUGGCUCCGGUUGGCUCACGCGCUUGGGUACUGUCUCUCCCGAAAUGAUGACUCAAGACUGCCUUCCUAGGUCUCCUAGAUUAAUUCUUCUAAUAUAUUUUGUUUAAUACUGGAUGAGCAAAAAAAUCUGACUUUAAAAGCUUCUUAAGGAGAACAGUUCUUUCACUAGCUUAAUUUGAAGCAUUCGGGCUUUUACUGCCAUUUAAACUGCUAGAAACUUUUGCCGGGGUCCUGCUUAAAAAUUUGGGAGCAGGAUUCUCAGCCCCAGCUUUAAAAGCUAGAGAUCCCCGAGAAGUGACAGAACAGCCUAGAGUUUGUGCCUGAACCAUGUUUCUUAGAGUCACUCUUAUCAUAUUCUUCCUUAUUGUUUCCAAGCAAGUAAGCUGGCUUUUCCAUUCCCGGUGUCUGAUAUUCUGACAGUCAUCAGCAGAAAAGGUCAGGGCGCUUUCCAGAAGCAUUACAGAGUUUUGGAAAGUGCCAGUGGACUGUCACCUUUCGCUUCCUCAGUAGUGAGAUGAUAGUUACAAUGCCGCUUUCUUGAGCCAGCAGAGUGUCUGUUCAUCCCGCCGGCAAUGGGCAGGUUGAGGGACUUCGUAGGCCCCUGAGAGCUAAGCACCAGGCAUGGACGAGGACAGCCUCUUCCUGCUGGCUCUGCGUCUGGGGACCUUGGCUACCGUGUGUUCUUUUGUCAGGGUCAGUCAGUCACCUGGGAGCAUCCGAGCCUGGUCCCAUUCCCAAGUGGCUUUGCAGUUGGGCCACUUUCCCUUUACAGAUCUCAGAUUUUCAUCUGCAAAAUGAGGCUGGUGAAAGGAAGAAAAGUGAACCUUUAGAAUUAAAAAAAAAAAAAUUUGUACAUUCCUUCUCCUGCCAAAAUCCGCUCUCUCUCCCUGGCUUUUAUCCAGGCAAAGCAAAAUAAGACAGCAAAAUCAAGGCAGCGACAUUCUUGCUGAAACUUGACUGAAAUCAGUUCGAUUUGUUGUUUUACUCUUGCUUGGAGGCUGAGGUAGAAGAGAAUGCAGAAGUCCUAAGUCUUGGGCAGAAAAGUUGUUUGUACCUGUACUCUCGUGUUUUCCCUGAAUCUUCCUGAGAUGUUGCUGUGACAGGGCCUGCGAGUAUUUAGACAAGACACUUUCUUGAUGAAAUGAUAAGGGAAGCACCCAUUUUUUCCCUUAUCACCCAGCCCAAACCUCACCCUGCCUAGUUAUGUGUAACUACACUAGGAAAAAAGUGUCACCCCAGCUAGCUUUGCUCCUGGGAAUGCUCUGUCUGAACAUGCUGCUCUUUGGGAUAAUCACAUUUAUAGAACAUCUGUGACAUUCUCAGCACCAAGCAUCAUGGGAGGCCUAAGAAAUGUGUAUGAGACCUAUCCCACUGUCAUACCUUAUAGUCUAAAGGCAAGGGUAUGGGACAAACCAAGAGAGAUGAUAAACAGAACCCUGGCAUAUGGGAUUAAGAGUUUUCCAGCUAGAAUCUGGACCCAUACCAUGGAAAAUUGGGGGGUUCUGGGGAUCCCAAAACCAGGGUUCCAGCUUUACUGGUGACCCACUAGGAACCUGAGUGUGAGAUCCAGCUCUGGUUUGCAUCCUGAUCUUCCUAAUGAGAAGGAAGAAGAGUCAGAUCUUUAUGUGGUGAGGUCUCUUUUCUGAACAGAUGGAUUUGAGCAUUCGCCAGGGUUUGCUGGAGAAGGCACUCCUACACUAGGUGUGAUGAUGGAUGAGAUAACUUGGAAAUGCUUUUUUACUCAGAGGUUUACUGAGGACACAGAGCUUAUUAAUGAAAGAGACCUGUGGAUGAAAAUGCUGCAGAUAGGUCCCACAGUCCCUUUUGCAAGGAACAGUAGCCAGCAGGGACCCACACUUUGGCAAGAAGUGAACAGAGUUCAAAUACCAGUGAGGCAAGAGCCGUGAAGCUGAAUGAAAGGGAAAGGGCAGCCUCAUGCCAGCAAGAUGGAAGUAGAUGUUACCCAGUCCUCAGCCCUUGCACAAACUAGGGGUUCAGCCACUGUACAUUCUGGUCUCCUUUCCCUCCACCAGCCCUCUACCAGGUAGAACUCCAGGCCAGCUCUUACCUUGAGUUUGUUUGCUUAAGAUUCAAAAGUGGAUAAGUAAAAUAGACCAGUGGAAAAGAUAAGUCCAACAGAGAGGUUCCAGUGUGUGGAGAAACGUGGCCCAUCAAGGGCUCCUGCGACAAACCAUACACUUAACAGUAACUGAGGAUUGGUCUUCCUGACUAGGCCCAGUGGGAAAGAGGAAAACCUAGAAACAUGCUCUUCAUCAGUCUGCCCGCUGGGCUGGGAAGUCUGUACUAUCACAUAAAUAGGCACCAUCUCCGUGGAGUGGAUCCAGCUGUAGACUGUAACCAGAGUCACUCUUUUCCUACUAGAUUUUUCAUUAUCACCGUAAGGUGAACCUCUGGCUCAGCCACAGAUGUGAACCUAAAUGGAGUUGAUUGUCCAGAAAGUGAAAGAAGACUCUGAUCUUUUCUGCUGGAUAUUUGUUCCUGGAACACCAUGGCUGGGCUCUAGCUACUUUACAUAACUUCCCAGCAGUGCUUUACGUAACUUCCCUCAUCAUUAGUAACAGUCUGCGGACUUUCUGUUGGGGGACUCUGCUGGGCUUCUUUUCGGAGCAUGUUUAAAUAUUUGGGUGUCCAUGCCUAUCGGAACCAGGACCAGACCUUAUGGCUCACUAGGGCGUAACAAACGUUCACUGUCUCAGUCGGCAACGGUCUUGUUGAUAAAAGCGGGCCCGAGUUCCUUUAUCCGUUCAUUCCGAACGGGAUGGAGAACCCAAAUUUCUGCUCAGAUUUCCUCUUGAGGAGGGGCAGGGCAUGCUGUCCCACAGCCACACCCCACACUGUAGCUUCUUAGACCAUAAAAAGCAUCCUCCUCGGCUGCCUGAGGGCUGCUGCUGAGGAGCGAUGAGGAAAAGCAAGUCUCCCCGGAAGGUUCUCACAGACCAGGGACUCUGUUAUCACCAGAGAUACGUUCUUUCUGUGUGCUCGGUGGACACCUUUGACCCUGUUCCCUUCGCUCGACAAAGGAAGCAGUCUUCUCGCAGGGUUUUACGCAGGGGACAUUCUUUGACUUGGGAGGUGCCAGGCUCUUACAAGCAAAAGAUCCUCAGGUUAGGGCAGAUUGGUGGGAGAUGGAAGUAGGGAGUGCUUGGGCCUUGUAAGGACGUGUCAUGUGGGUUAGUACAGCUUAAUGGCUUAAAGCAGGGACUAGAUUCAGACCUAGAUUCAAGUCCUGACGUCAUAAGAAGUAACAUAACUUGCUUAGCCAUCCUGAGCCUAGUUUCCUUAUCUGUAAAAUAGAAUGGUGCUGUGUCUCGGAGGUGUCAGGGUUUGGGGGGAACCUGUGAAAGUGCUUAGCACAGAGCCUGGCACGCAGAGGUGUCGGGGGGCAGCCAUCAGGAAAGGUGCGGGCCCAACCAGAGAGGGGAAAGUGCAGAGAACCGAGGUCGCUCUGCAAAAGCACGUGAUUGCUUGAUGACGUAGCUUUUGCCUUCCAUCUUUUGCUUCCAUUUAGCCUGUUGGUUUACUCUGUCUUUUCUGUAUCUCCUGGCUCCCAGGAGAUGUGUGCCAUGACACCAGGUGGUUCUGAUUCUCUUGACUUUUCUUGGUUCACAUUCUAACACGUGGGAUCCGGCCCCGCUCCUCUUUCUAUACCAGGCCGCAGAAGUCUCCACCCAACCCUUGGACUGGCUGCCCUUGGGUUACAUGCUCAUCUUGGUUCAGUCAGCUGUAGUCAGGAGGGAAGGUCCCAGAUCCCAGGAUCUGUGGGCCUGGUAGACUGACUUGGUAAUGGGCAAACGGUGGCACAGUGGGGCAUUUCUAGUACUGCGAGGAGAGGAAAGACUCUGUUUCACCUGUAUCGGGCUUCCUUGAAAGGCUUCUACUUCAUCAGCACAUCCUAGACCAGAGCUCAUGGCCCCUGCGUAAAGGACCUGGAAGGUGCUGUUUCUGUAUCUUGCACAAGAAGUAAUUUGUUACUUUCUAGGGUGUUAUUCCUCCUUUCUGUCCCAGCUCCACUUUCUUUUUAAAUAUGUAACUCUGGCCAUAAUUCUAUUUAUACACACAUACACAAUGACUUCUGUCAGCUUGGUCAAAUUGCCUCUUCAAAACAAAGCGUAAUUCCACCCCUUAAGACCAACCACCCACUGAAGAACGCAGAGAGAUACAGUCAAAUCAGAGAGGCCUCAAAAGUACUGCGCUGCAGUGCUCUUAAAAUUGCCAGGUUACAUUUCAAAUAAAACAUUUGGUGAAACCUCAUUGGGCUAUGUGGCUUUGUGUCUGCUAUUAGCAAAGCCAGUAUUUACUGUAAAAUCUUGAAGCUGGUCUAAAAAUUAAGCUACCCAAGAACUGGGGCCAUGUCUCAUUUGUAUUCCUCGUGGUGCCACAUGCUGUCAGGGACGUGGAUGCUUGACGAACGAUCGUGCUGUGGCAAGACCACCUGAGGAGGGAUUACAAACGAUUCUGGUUGUAGCUUCACAUUCUCUACCUGCUUGGUACAGAGCAAGCCACUUAAAUUGUGUAGAUCUCAUUUUCCUAAUUCUAAUGGGCAGAUUGAACAAGGUGGUAGUAGAAGGUCCGUUCCAACUCUAAAAUCAUAGAAUUUAAGAUUUUACUUCCUGGCCCUGUUUUCCUUGUCUGGUUUCUCCCCAGAUUCUGCCCUAUUGAGUAAUUCCUUUGAAACAGAAGAAUCAACACCUUGGAGAGGUAUGCGUUAUUACAGAUUAAAGAGUCUCAUUCUAACUAUAUUAUGAUUACUCCAAAACCACACAAACUGACAAAAUUCUAGCAAAACUAUAAAAUUUCGUUUUAAUACACAGUAUGUGUUGGACUGCACUUUUAAGCAUAGGAAGACACACCAAAAUAAUAGUUGUUCUAGGGUG